AUGGCUCGCUGUGAAAACGAGAUCUUGAGCCCGUGCUGCCAUGAUCACGGAGUCAACUUCUUCGACAACGCCGAGGUUUACGCCAAUGGCCGAGCUGAGAAGAUCAUGGGUCUGGCGAUUCGCGAGCUGGACUGGCGGAGAUCCGACAUCGUGGUCUCCACCAAGAUCUUCUGGGGUGGUCCUGGUCCUAACGAUAAAGGUUUCUCGAGGAAACAUAUCAUCGAAGGAACCAAAGCUUCUCUCAAAAGACUCGAUAUGGACUAUGUAGAUGUCCUCUAUUGCCACAGGGUUCCUGAGAUUGAAAUAAAGAGUUCGAGCUUUAGGUCUUUUAGUGUCAAUGUCUUCCGUCGUUUCUACUAUGGAACCUCUCAGUGGCUAAAGCCUCAUGUCAUUUAUGUGUAUUUCCUUGAGAGGCUUUCAGACCAUGUCAGCUUCAACAGACCCCAAGGGCAGUACAAGCCAAGGAAAUCCUCCAAAAAAUCUGGUAAGAAGCAUGAGCCUAAACCUGACACUGGUGGUGUCAGUGACGAGGCAGAAGCUCCGUCUGAUGUGGCUGUAGGAGGAGCUUCAUCUCAUGUGAAUAUUGGUGAGGAGGUUGUUGAUCCUCCACCGACUUCUGUAAAUGCAGCAGCUAACAGUGAUGUUUCAGUUGACACGCUUCAGCCAGGAAACACCACAGCAACUUCUGAUAGUGGAGAUGAACCGAGAAAAAAAGUUGCGAAUUCCGAAAAUGAUAUCAGCGUAGCAUUGUCCACGGAAGAAGAGAAUGUGAAGAGUAUCGACAUUGGAGCGGCUGGCGCAGUAGAUUCUUUGACGUCUGACCCUGCAGAUACCGAGAAGGGAGUUACACAUGACGAUGCAGAGGAGUCCCUUCUGGCCGUACGAUCUGAGUUACAAAAGAGAUCUAAUGAACUUGAACAAUCAGAACAGAGGUUAUUAUCUACUAGAGAGAAGCUUAGCAUAGCUGUUGUCACGUGUUAG